UACGUGCUGAAAAAAGCUUUAAAAAGACAAUUUUCUCACAUCCUAUCGCUUAUUCUAAUAACAAAAUGGCUCUUAAAAGAAUUAAUAAAGAAUUGUAUGAUUUAGGUAUUGACCCACCGUCAACUUUUAGUGCUGGUCCUAUCGAUGAUGAUCUUUUCCAUUGGCAAGCGUCAAUUAUAGGUCCUAGUUAUACUUCAUAUUCCGGAGGUAUAUUUCAUCUUGAUAUUCGUUUUCCUAGUGAUUAUCCAUUCAGACCACCAACGGUGAAGUUUACAACAAGAAUCUAUCAUCCGAAUAUUACUGAUAAUGGAAGUAUAGACGUGGAUUUCUUAAGGGACCUAUGGUCACCAGCAAUUACCAUCACUAAGGUACUCUCGGGAAUUUGUUCAUUGUUGAGUGAUCCAAACCCAGAAUGUGAUAUAAUGCCCGAAAUAUCUCAAUUGUACAAGACUGAUCGUAAUCGUUAUGAAGCCACUGUUAGGGAAUGGACUCGUAAAUAUGCUAGUGAGACAUUAUAAGAUUUUUCUUUAUUAACAUUUUUAUUAUUUAAAUUUUAUUAUCUAAACCCGUACAUGUCCAUUUAAUGUCUUAUUUUUAAUAUACUUUUCUUAAAUUUAAAUGUAAUUAUUGUUCAAAUGAAUCUAAAAUAUCUUGGUAUAAAAAGAAAAGU